CUCGCGGGCCAGCAGCAGGCGCGCUCGCGGGGCCUCAAGGUGGGGACGCAUAUAAGGCCCACGAGGGGUCCCGUUCAGUAGUAGUCUCUAGUGAUCGACACAUUCAUUCACAGCAGCCCGGGGACUCCCGCACACACACACAAACACACAUAAGCAGAGCUGUGCGGCCACAUCGAUUUUUGACCGAUCUCCUUCUCACUCUGGGCCCUAUCGAGCUCUUUUAGGCCGGCAACAUGAGGACCCAGGUGCUGCUCUGCUGUCUACUUCUGCUCGGCGUCGCGACGGCGCUGGCGACGCGCAAGGAAGAGGCCGCCGAGAACAACCGGCGCAAGAACUCGCAGCCCUUCUACAGGAAACAACCAGCCCGAGUCGCACCCACACCCGCCGCUCCGGAGGACGACGCUGCCGUCGAGGAGGAAACCGCACCUUCGGUCACGUCGCCGCUGCUGACGCGCAAGCAGGAAGCCGCUGAGAUCAACCGACGCAAGAACAACCAGCCCCUGCUGAACCGACACCCGGCCCGAGUGACAUCUGAGGACGAGUACGACGAGGAGGAGGCCGGCGAGUUCUCGGACCAGUGUCCCGAGCCCAACGGCUACUUCCCCGACGCCGAGCAGUGCGACAAGUACUACGACUGCCGGGACGGCAAGCUCACCGAGAAGCUCUGCCCCGACGGCCUGGUCUUCAACGACUUCAGCCCCCAGCACGAAAAGUGCGACCUACCCUUCGGCAUUGACUGCAGCAAGCGGCCCAAGCUCCAGACGCCGAUACCCACGGCCCACUGCCCGCGCAUGCACGGCUACUUUGCGCACGAGGACCCGACCAACUGCAACACCUUCUACUACUGCGUCGAGGGUAAAUUCAACAUGAUCAAGUGCCCCGACGGCCUGGUCUUCUCCGAGAAGACCGGCAUCUGCACCUGGCCCGACGAGGCCCACAAGACCGGCUGCGGUUCCCGGGAGCUCUUCAACUUCACCUGUCCCAAGGUCGACGAGUCCGUCGCUGCAACCCAUCCCCGCUACCCCGACUCCGAGGACUGCCAGUUCUUCUACGUCUGCAUCAACGGAGAGACGCCCAGGAGGAGCGGCUGCAAGCUCGGACAAGCCUUUGACGAGAGCACCGGCAAGUGCGACUGGGCCCGUAAGGUCCCCGAGUGCAAGGAAUGGUACAAGGGUGUGCUGACAGACGCCGAGCUCGACGCCCUGGAGAACCCGCCCAAGGCCAAAACCAGCGGAUCCUCCAGAAGGAAGGGACCCAAGCGCGGAGCCGAACCCGCCGCGGAAUAGAUUGUGAACUCUAGGAAGCAACGACACGACCUCCUUUUCAAUCGCAAUAAAUUAUGCAACUUAAUGUGAAAAAUAAACAACUGCUUUUGUACGCGCUUCGACGCGAUGAUGUUCCCGAUAGAGGAUGAUACAAUAUUUGGAGGCGCAAAGACUGAAGUUUCUAUAUGUUUUUAUACGCUACUACGAUAUUAAAUUGUUAUAAGAAUUCUCUUUUUUUGUACGAUAAUAUAAUAAAGAUGUUCUUGCUCGCGAGAACGACAAACAACAACGAA